AUGCUCAGCGAGCUGCCUCCCUCUCCCCAUGCUCAGCCCAGGCUCUACCCAUGCUCAGCCCAGGCUCUACCCAUGCUCAGUGAGCUGCCUCCCUCUCCCCAUGCUCAGCCCAGGCUCUACCCAUGCUCAGCCCAGGCUCUACCCAUGCUCAGCGAGCUGCCUCCCUCUCCCCAUGCUCAGCCCAGGCUCUACCCAUGCUCAGCCCAGGCUCUACCCAUGCCAGCCCAGGCUCUACCCAUGCUCAGCGAGCUGCCUCCCUCUCCCCAUGCUCAGCCCAGGCUCUACCCAUGCUCAGCGAGCUGCCUCCCUCUCCCCAUGCUCAGCCCAGGCUCUACCCAUGCUCAGCCCAGGCUCUACCCAUGCUCAGUGAGCUGCCUCCCUCUCCCCAUGCUCAGCCCAGGCUCUACCCAUGCUCAGCGAGCUGCCUCCCUCUCCCCAUGCUCAGCCCAGGCUCUACCCAUGCUCAGCGAGCUGCCUCCCUCUCCCCAUGCUCAGCCCAGGCUCUACCCAUGCUCAGUGAGCUGCCUCCCUCUCCCCAUGCUCAGCCCAGGCUCUACCCAUGCUCAGCGAGCUGCCUCCCUCUCCCCAUGCUCAGCCCAGGCUCUACCCAUGCUCACUUCCUCCAGAGCUCUGUGUGGUAUUAUUAUUGAGUGUUAUAACCGACACCUGGAAGGGUUCACACUGACCCACACGCUCCAGAACCCACACGCUCCAGGACCCACACGCUCCAGAACCCACACGCUCCAGGACCCACACGCUGCAGGACCCACACGCUCCAGGACCCACACACUCCAGAACCCACACGCUGCAGGACCCACACGCUACAGGACCUACACUUUCCAGGAGCCACACACUCCAGAACCCACACGCUCCAGGACCCACACGCUCCAGGACCUACACUUUCCAGGACCCACACGCUGCAGGACCCACACGCUCCAGGACCCACACGCUCCAGGACCCACACACUCCAGAACCCACACGCUGCAGGACCCACACGCUACAGGACCUACACUUUCCAGGAGCCACACACUCCAGAACCCACACGCUCCAGGACCCACACGCUCCAGGACCUACACUUUCCAGGACCCACACGCUGCAGGACCCACACGCUCCAGGACCCACACGCUGCAGGACGCACAAACUCCAGGACCCACACGCUUCAGGACCUACACUUUCCAGGACCCACACUCUGCAGGACCCACACGCUGCAGGACCCACACGCUGCAGUACCCACACGCUCCAGGACCUACACUUUCCAGGACCCACACCCUGCAGGACCCACAUGCUGCACGACCCACACUCUGCAGGACCCACACCAGCAGCAGUAGUAACAGCAGCAGCAGCAAGAGUAGUGACAGCAGCAGCAGCAACAGUAGUAACAGCAGCAGCAGCAGCAGCGACAGUAGUGACAGCAGCAGCAGCAACAGUACUAACAGCAGCAGCAGCAACAGUAGAAACAGCAGCAGCAGCAAGAGUAGUGACAGCAGCAGCAGCAAGAGUAGUGACAGCAGCAGCAAGAGUAGUGACAGCAGCAACAGAAACAGUAAUAACAGCAGCAACAGUAGUAACAGUAAUAACAGCAGCAGCAGCAAGAGUAGUAACAGCAGCAACAGCAACAACAGUAGUAACAGCAGCAGCAACAGUAGUAACAGCAGCAGCAGCAGCAGCAACAGUAGUAACAGCAGCAACAGAAACCGUAAUAACAGCAGCAACAGUAGUGACAGCAGCGACAGUAGUAACAGCAGCAGCAGCAGCGACAGUAGUAACAAAAGCAGCAGCAGCGGCAACAGUAGUGACAGCAGCAGCAGCGACAGUAGUAACAGCAGCAGCAGCAGCAGCGACAGUAGUGACAGCAGCAGCAGCAGCAGCGACAGUAGUAACAGCAGCAGCGACAGUAGUAACAGCAGCAGCAGCGACAGUAGUAUCAGCAGCAGCAACAGUAAUAACAGAAGCAGCAGCAACAUUAGUUACAGCAGCAGCAGCAACAGUAGUGACAGCAGCAGCAGCAACAGUAGUAACAGCAGCAGCAACAGUAGUAACAGCAGCAGCAGCAACAGUUGUGACAGCAGCAACAGUAGUAACAGCAGCAGCAGCGACAGUAGUAACAGCAGCAACAGUAGUAACAGCAGCAGCAGCAACAGUAGUAACAGCAGCAGCAACAGUAGUGACAGCAGCAGCAGCAACAGUAGUUACAGCAGCAGCAGCAACAUUAGUGACAGAAGCAGCAGCAACAGUAGUAACAGCUGCAGCAGCAACAGUAGUAACAGCAGCAGCAGCAACAGUAGUAACAGCAGCAGCAGCAACAGUAAUAACAACAGCAGCAACAACAGUAGUAACAGCAGCAGCAGCAACAGUAGUAACAGCAGCAGCAGCAACAGUAGUAACAGCAGCAGCAACAUUAGUGACAGCAGCAGCAACAGUAGUGACAGCAGCAGCAGCAACAGUAAUAACAGCAGCAGCAGCAACAGUAGUGACAGCAGCAGCAGCGACAGUAGUGACAGCAGCAGCGACAGAAACAGUAAUAACAGCAGCAACAGUAGUGACAGCAGCAGCAGCGACAGUAGUGACAGCAGCAGCGACAGUAGUGACAGCAGCAGCAACAGUAGUGACAGCAGCAGCAGCAACAGUAAUAACAGCAGCAGCAGCAACAGUAGUGACAGCAGCAGCAGCGACAGUAGUGACAGCAGCAGCGACAGAAACAGUAAUAACAGCAGCAACAGUAGUGACAGCAGCAGCAGCGACAGUAGUGACAGCAGCAGCGACAGUAGUGACAGCAGCAGCGACAGUAGUGACAGCAGCAGCAGCGACAGUAGUGACAGCAGCAGCAGCGACAGUAGUGACAGCAGCAGCGACAGUAGUAACAGCAGCAGCAGCGACAGUAGUAACAGCAGCAGCAACAGUAGUGACAGCAGCAGCAGCGACAGUAGUGACAGCAGCAGCGACAGUAGUGACAGCAGCAGCAGCAACAGUAGUAACAGCAGCAGCAACAGUAGUAACAGCAGCAGCAACAGUAGUGACAGCAGCAGCAGCGACAGUAGUAACAGCAGCAGCAACAGUAGUGACAGCAGCAGCAGCGACAGUAGUAACAGCAGCAGCGACAGUAGUGACAGCAGCAGCAGCGACAGUAGUGACAGCAGCAGCAACAGUAGUGACAGCAGCAGCAGCGACAGUAGUAACAGCAGCAGCGACAGUAGUGACAGCAGCAGCAGCGACAGUAGUGACAGCAGCAGCAGCGACAGUAGUAACAGCAGCAGCGACAGUAGUGACAGCAGCAGCAGCGACAGUAGUGACAGCAGCAGCAGCGACAGUAGUAACAGCAGCAGCAGCAACAGUAAUAACAGCAGCAGCAACAUUAGUUACAGCAGCAGCAGCGACAGUAGUAACAGCAGCAGCAGCAACAGUAGUAACAGCAGCAGCAGCAACAGUAGUAACAGCAGCAGCAGCAACAGUUGUGACAGCAGCAACAGUAGUAACAGCAGCAGCAGCGACAGUAGUAACAGCAGCAGCAGCAACAGUAGUAACAGCAGCAGCAACAUUAGUGACAGCAGCAGCAACAGUAGUGACAGCAGCAGCAGCAACAGUAGUUACAGCAGCAGCAACAUUAGUGACAGCAGCAACAGCAGCAACAGUAGUAACAGCAGCAGCAGCAGCAACAGUAGUGACAGCAGCAGCAGCAACAGUAGUAACAGCAGCAGCAACAGCAGCAGCAGCAGCAACAUUAGUGACAGCAGCAACAGCAGCAACAGUAGUAACAGCAGCAGCAGCAGCAACAGUAGUGACAGCAGCAACAGCAGCAACAGUAGUAACAGCAGCAGCAGCAGCAACAUUAGUUACAGCAGCAGCAGCAGCGACAGUAGUGACAGCAGCAGCAACAGCAGCAGCAGCAACAUUAGUUACAGCAGCAGCAGCGACAGUAGUGACAGCAGCAGCGACAGUAGUGACAGCAGCAGCAGCAGCAACAGUAGUUGCAGCAGCAACAUUAGUGACAGCAGCAGCAGCAGCAGCAACAGUAGUAACAGCAGCAGCAGCAAUAUUAGUGACAGCAGCAGCAGCAAUAUUAGUGACAGCAGCAGCAGCAAUAUUAGUGACAGCAGCAGCAGCAAUAUUAGUGACAGCAGCAGCGACAGUAGUGGCAGCAGCAGCAACAUUAGUGACAGCAGCAGCAACAGUAGUGACAGCAGCAGCAGCAACAGCAGUAACAGCAGUGACAGCAGCAACAGCAACAGUAGUGACAGCAGCAACAGUAGUGACAGCAGCAGCAACAGUAGUGACAGCAGCAGCAGCGACAGUAGUGACAGCAGCAGCGACAGAAACAGUAAUAACAGCAGCAACAGUAGUGACAGCAGCAGCAGCGACAGUAGUGACAGCAGCAGCGACAGUAGUGACAGCAGCAGCGACAGUAGUGACAGCAGCAGCAGCGACAGUAGUGACAGCAGCAGCAGCGACAGUAGUGACAGCAGCAGCGACAGUAGUAACAGCAGCAGCAGCGACAGUAGUAACAGCAGCAGCGACAGUAGUGACAGCAGCAGCAGCGACAGUAAUAACAGCAGCAGCAGCAACAGUAGUGACAGCAGCAGCAACAGUAAUAACAGCAGCAGCAGCAACAGUAGUGACAGCAGCAGCAGCAACAGUAGUAACAGCAGCAGCAACAGUAGUAACAGCAGCAGCAACAGUAGUGACAGCAGCAGCAGCGACAGUAGUAACAGCAGCAGCAGCGACAGUAGUAACAGCAGCAGCAACAGUAGUGACAGCAGCAGCAGCGACAGUAGUAACAGCAGCAGCGACAGUAGUGACAGCAGCAGCAGCGACAGUAGUGACAGCAGCAGCAGCGACAGUAGUAACAGCAGCAGCGACAGUAGUGACAGCAGCAGAAGCGACAGUAGUGACAGCAGCAGCAGCGACAGUAGUAACAGCAGCAGCAGCAACAGUAAUAACAGCAGCAGCAACAUUAGUUACAGCAGCAGCAGCGACAGUAGUAACAGCAGCAGCAGCAACAGUAGUAACAGCAGCAGCAGCGACAGUAGUAACAGCAGCAGCAGCAACAGUUGUGACAGCAGCAACAGUAGUAACAGCAGCAGCAGCGACAGUAGUAACAGCAGCAGCAGCAACAGUAGUAACAGCAGCAGCAACAACAGUAGUAACAGCAGCAGCAACAUUAGUGACAGCAGCAGCAACAGUAGUGACAGCAGCAGCAGCAACAGUAGUGACAGCAGCAGCAGCAACAGUAGUAACAGCAGCAGCAACAGCAGCAGCAGCAACAUUAGUGACAGCAGCAACAGCAGCAACAGUAGUAACAGCAGCAGCAGCAGCAACAGUAGUGACAGCAGCAACAGCAGCAACAGUAGUAACAGCAGCAGCAGCAGCAACAUUAGUUACAGCAGCAGCAACAGCAGCAGCAGCAACAUUAGUUACAGCAGCAGCAGCGACAGUAGUGACAGCAGCAGUGACAGUAGUGACAGCAGCAGCAGCAGCAACAGUAGUUGCAGCAGCAACAUUAGUGACAGCAGCAGCAGCAGCAGCAACAGUAGUAACAGCAGCAGCAGCAAUAUUAGUGACAGCAGCAGCAGCAAUAUUAGUGACAGCAGCAGCAGCAAUAUUAGUGACAGCAGCAGCGACAGUAGUGACAGCAGCAGCAACAGUAGUGACAGCAGCAGCAGCAACAGCAGUAACAGCAGUGACAGCAGCAACAGCAACAGUAGUGACAGCAGCAACAGUAGUUACAGCAGCAGCAGCAGCAGCGACAGUAGUGACAGCAGCAGCAGCAACAGCAGCAACAGUAGUGACAGCAGCAGCAACAGUAGUGACAGCAGCAGCAACAGCAGCAGCAGUGACAGUAGUAACAGCAGCAGCAACAGUAGUAACAGCAACAGUAGUAACAGCAGCAGCAGUGACAGUAGUAACAGCAACAGUAGUAACAGCAGAAGCAGUGACAGUAGUAACAGCAACAGUAGUAGCAGCAGCAGCAGUGACAGUAGUAACAGCAACAGUAGUAACAGCAACAGCAGUGACAGUAGUAACAGCAACAGUAGUAACAGCAACAGUAGUAACAGCAACAGUAGUAACAGCAGCAGCAGUGACAGUAGUAACAGCAGCAGCAACAGUAGUAACAGCAACAGUAAUAACAGAAGCAACAGCGACAGUAGUAUCAGCAGCAGCAACAGUAAUAACAGCAGCAACAUUAGUGACAGCAGCAGCAGCAACAUUAGUGACAGCAGCAGCAGCAACAUUAGUGACAGCAGCAGCAUCGACAGUAGUAACAGCAGCAGCAACAGUAAUAACAGCAGCAACAGCGACAGUAGUAUCAGCAGCAGCAACAGUAAUAACAGCAGCAGCAGCAGCAGCAACAGUAAUAACAGCAGCAACAUUAGUGACAGCAGCAGCAGCAACAGCAUAAUGAAAUAA